AUGACAAGCCACAUCACGGUGCACCCCGUGAUAGCCAGUAUAGCCAUCCCCCCUAGCACGCCUCCCACGAUGGUACCCACUGGCGACUGCGACGUGGAUUUGCUGCCAACCAUAUCCACCGUGGGUGUAGAUGUCGAUGAUGGUAGUGAGGGUGAUGAUGUUGACGAUGAUUCGCUCUGGGAAGUCGAAGAGGACGAUGUCCCAGAAGAUGAGGUCGACGACGUCAGGCUUACGCUGGCUGAGGUUCUUGAUUCUGUCUUCACAGUGGUACUCAACCACACGGUUGGCUCCCAAGAGAGACCCUCGUCACGGCAUCCAAGGAGCGUCUUCGUACCGGAUGUGCCCUCAUUCCGUAGGAAGAUCGUCACAGACACGUGUGUAAUAGAAAUCUGCGCAAGGAAUUUAGACCCGGCUAUCCUCGUGCACUUCCGAGAUCUUGAGGGGAUAUUGGCGCCGAAACUGACCUUUAUCGACUGA